CAAAAGAGAUAUAACAAAACCGCAAAUGCAGAAAUGUGGGCAAUAGAUAGUGUUAAUAAAAUAUGCAUUUAAAAAAAAUUUACAAAAAUACAUAACUGUUUUUGUUGGCGCAGCGACAAUUUGUUGUUGAGGGCCUUUGUGAAUUACCUCAAUAUUAAAACUCACGUUCAAAUUAUACAACUUAGACAAAUGACUGCUUUGGCAUUCUAAAUGUCAGGGUGCCUUACGCCGAUUCCAGGAACCGUUGUCUUGCUUACGGUUUAGCGAUCGAGGAGCAAAACAAGAUCCUAGACGAGAUGGCCGAACUAGUCAAAAAUAUGAGGGUGCUUGGCAAAUUUAGUCUGCUGCCAUUCCAAAAAGGAAUCAUUCAAAGUAAUACGGCGUUGAAGUUGUUGUUCGAGGACAUUAAAGCUCGCUUUAGUUCCUCACAGGAGUUCAAGUACCGUCUGCGACUAUACCUGCUAGGACACAACAGGGCGUGUUAUCCGAUUCUGCUAAUGUAGAAGAGGAUGAUACGCCAGACAUUGAAAUCAUGCAGCCUCCGCUUACAAGUAUUUUGCUGAAGAACUUAAGUUCAAAUGCAGAACUGUGGCCGGUUGAAGAAGCGGAAUUCGAAGACUUAGAGCUAGACGGACUCGAGCAUUUAGCGGGAUAUAUUUGCCACAAGUUGCAGGAAGACAUCCCCAGCCCGUCGUUUAGGAGCAAUGACGACCAUUCACUCUACUGGGCGGAUCAUCUUAGCGAGGAAAAGCCAAAAAACUGUGGCGUAGAUCCAUAUGCUACCAUUAUAGAACCCAUGAAUCAACAUCCGCAUUUCACACUCACUGAUCUGAGUGUUUCAGACGCCUAA